AUGCGUUGGAUUAACAACCAAGUCUGGCAGCCGUUGCUGCUGACGGCUGCUUUUGCCUCUGUGGCCUCAGCAGGUCGUAGUCUCCGCCACGCCGGCAAGUCGGAUGAUCUUCUGAGCGCUUUUUACGAGCGGCCACCUCUGCACAACACCUUCCUAGACGGCGAAGCUGAAGAUGCUAUCGAGAAACGGGUAGCCAAAGCCCAAUUUUUGAACUCCAACACUUCAAGUUUCUCUGUCAACGGAACCGGUAUCCCGGACGUGAAUUUUGACAUUGGUGAAUCCUACGCCGGGUCUCUCCCCCUGUCCAGCGACCCUAACGACACGAACCAACUCUUUUUUUGGUUCUUCCCUUCAACAAACCCGGACGCAUCGAAGGAAAUCGUGAUCUGGCUGAAUGGAGGAGAAAAUGGUCCGUUUACCUGGCAAAGUGGAACAUAUCUACCAGUCAAGAACAACUGGGCUUGGAACAAACUGUCCCACAUAGUUUACAUUGAGCAGCCUGUCGGCACCGGAUUUUCUGUUGGCAAUGUCACAGCAACUAGUGAGGAAGAUGUGGCCGCUCAGUUCCUCGGGUUCUGGAAGAAUUUCGUGACCACUUUUUCUCUUCAGGGUUACAAGGUCUACGUCACAGGAGAGUCCUACGCUGGAAUGUACUGCCCAUACAUUGCCAGUGCUAUGGUCGAUGCAAAGGACACCACAUACUACAACAUCUCAGGCGUCCUCAUUUACGAUCCUGUCAUCGGCCAAAAUGACAUCCAGGAACCCCUACCCGCGGUCACCUUCGUAGAUUACUGGACGGGUCUGUUCCCCUUUAACGACAGUUUUGUCGCUGACAUUCACUCCCGUGAUGCCGUCUGCGGCUACACCGACUAUCUCAACAAGUACCUGGUUUACCCGCCGGUCGGCCAACAGCCAACUGUCAUCGCGGGCCAAGAGGCUAAUGGAACCACGAAGCGCGACUGUGCGCGGAUUUAUGACGACAUUGUCCAUGCCGCGUUAACUGUUAACCCUUGUUGGGACAUCUAUCAAGUAGCAACGACCUGUCCACUGCCGUGGGAUGUACUUGGUUUCCCUGGAACCGUGCAGUAUCUCCCUUCAGGAGCCAGUCUUUACUUUGAUCGAGACGAUGUCAAAAAAGCCAUCCACGCUCCUAAAAACGUGAACUGGAGCGAGUGCUCAGAAAAAGACGUGUUUGUUGGUGGCAAUGACAACUCCGUGCCAUCCAGUAUCCACGCUCUGCCUAACGUCAUUAAUGCCACCAAGAACGUCAUCAUUGGCCAUGGUGCCCUGGAUUUCGUCCUCAUCGCCAAUGGCACGCUCUUGACAAUUCAGAACAUGACUUGGGGCGGCCAGCUUGGGUUCCAGUCGCCGCCCACGGAGCCCUUGUACGUGCCAUUCCAUGACGAUCCAUCCUUGAGCUCCAUUGCGGGUAGCGGCGUCAUGGGCACCAUCCACUCGGAGCGUGGCCUCACCUACGCCGCAGUCUCGCUGUCUGGCCACAUGGUGCCUCAAUAUGCACCCAGUGUCGCCUACCGCCAUCUGGAGUUUUUGCUGGGUCGCAUUCCAAGCCUGUCGUCGACAGUCAGCUUUACCACGGACAAGAAUGUGACGCAGCCCACCGGCGCCGUUGGCAACGGCAACGCACCCCAGGGAUAUGCUACAGUGAAGAACGGCACGACGUCCAAAAACGACACCGGAGGGGCGAGGACAAACUCUGGCUCUGGUUCUGGGAUGUCGCUCACUACUUGGGCCAGCCUCCUUGUGCUGCCAGCCGGCAUCGCAGCUUUCUUGGUGUAG